UGGAGGAGCAGCGAGUCAAGAUGAGAGUUCAGGACCAGAUUCUAGAAUGAGUAAUCCAUCAGAAACUAGUAAAUGUGCAAUGGAGAGUCAGAGUGGGGACGGAAACACAGGAGUCCAAACGAAUGGACUGGACUUUCAGAGGCAGACGGUGCAGGCCACAAACGCAAUCACCAAUGCACACGCACAAGCUCUGCUCCAACAGUUGACCCUGUCUCCAGUGCAGCAGCAGAUGUUUUUGCAGCAGGCCCAGGCCCAGCUCUUGGCAGCAGCCAUGCAGCAGCAAUCAGCCAGCCAGCAGAGCAGCACCACGGGGGCCAGCAUCUCUGCCUCCGCAGCCACCCCCAUUCACACGCUGCCCCUGUCCCAGCCCGUCCAGAUCACCUCUAUUCCCUCUGUCUCUACUCAUCUCCCAGGCCAGCUAAGCCAGCUGGGAUACCCGUAUGAGAUGGCGACCUUCAGCAGUUACCUACCUCAGUUACAGCAGCUGCAGCAGCAGAACCUAACCAUGCCCCAGUUUGUCCUGGUUCAACCUGGCCACCACAUCGCCACCCAGCUGCAACCUGGCCAAUUCAUCAUCUCACAGACGCCGCAGGGCCAGCAGAAUAUGUACACAGCGCAGAGUUUCCUGCAAGCCCAGAAUCUUCUAACUCAACUACCUCAAAGCCAAGCCAACCUCCUGCAGACUCAGCCAAGCAUCAACCUUGCCUCACAGCCAGCGACUCCGUCCCACACGAUAGCAGCCACGCCCAUCCAGCCCCUGUCCCACAGUCAGCAGACCCCGCCCAAACGCCUGGACACACCCAGUCUGGAGGAGCCCAGCGACCUGGAGGAGCUGGAACAGUUCGCUAAGACUUUCAAACAGAGACGCAUCAAACUGGGCUUCACACAGGGGGAUGUUGGCCUGGCAAUGGGCAAGCUGUACGGUAACGACUUCAGCCAGACCACCAUCUCCCGCUUUGAGGCCUUGAACCUCAGCUUUAAGAACAUGUGCAAGCUGAAGCCACUUCUGGAGAAGUGGCUCAACGAUGCAGUUUGUGCAGAGAAUCUGUCGUCUGACCUGGCCCUGUCCAGCCCUUGCGGCCUGGGCUCCCCCGGUCUGGGCAUGGAGGGGCUCAACCGCCGACGCAAGAAGAGGACCAGCAUCGAGACCAACAUCCGCGUGGCCUUAGAAAAGAGCUUUCUGGAGCAGAACCAAAAACCUACCUCUGAGGAGAUCACCAUAAUUGCUGACCAGCUCAACAUGGAGAAGGAGGUGAUCCGGGUGUGGUUCUGUAACCGUCGGCAAAAAGAGAAGCGGAUCAACCCCCCCAGCAGCGGACACAGCAUCACAGGGACAGGCAGCACCCCCAUCAAAACCAUCUUCACCCCCACUAGCCCCUUGGUGGCCAGUACGGCGAGCCUUGUGACCAGUAACACACCAACCACACUCACUUUAAACCCAGUGAUGCCUCUCACCAGCACCAGCGUCUCCGGCCUGACCUUGACAGGCACGACGAUCGGAGCGACCACAAACACAGCAUCUGUCAUCUCUACGGCACCCAUGGUUACCACGGUGACCAGCUCCACCUCGCUAAGCCCCUCCCCCAUGGCCCUCCAGGCCACGGCGGCGGAGACGGGUGGAACCCAGGAGCACACUGUGGUCACGCAGGCACCAUCGUCCCUAGCAACCAAUCUGGGGACYGGUCAGGUGAUGGUGGCUGGACCGGGGCUGUCAGCGGCCCUGCAAGGCGCUGCCCAGUUACCCACCAGUUCUAGUUACGCCGCCAUGGCUGGGCUUAACCCAGGAUUGAUGGCAUCCUCGCAGUUCACUCCUGGGGGGGCCUUGCUGAGCUUAGCUCCGGGUGGGCUUGGAGGGGCUAUAAACCCCGCCAUGUUGAGCAACAGCACCCUGGCCACCAUCCAAGGUCUAUGGAGCGCUCUGGCAUCGGGUGGCACUCUCCCCAUCACCUCGCUGGACGGGAGUGGUAACCUGCUGUUCGCUAACACCUCGGCCGGCAGCACUCCCAACCUGGUGCAACCCCUUUUCCUGAACCCCCAGAACCUGUCCCUGCUCACCAGCAACCCCGUCAGCCUGGUGUCGGCCGGAGCCGCCGGGGGAGGGGCCCUGCAGGUCACAGCCAACCACCAGGUCACCACGGCGACCGUCCCAGUGCCCGCCUCCACCAUCACCACUGCCUCCAAGGCCCAGUGAAGCUGAAGGCUCAAAUCGCCUCGAAUGACACCCUAUGCUCUAUUUAGUGCACUACUUUUGGUUAAAUGUUGCGUACGAUAUGGAUGGCUUUGGCCAUAGUAAGACACUACAUGGGGAAUAGGGCUGUUGUUUAAGAUUUGCCCUUAGGCUACUUGCUCAAUCCACUUCUUCAUCCUGUCCCUCCUUGUCCUUCUGCCUGUCAUCUAUCAUUAUUUAAUCAUUUUGCUGCCACCAAAAAGAAACCCUCUGUGAAGAGGGUUGGAAUUUAUAUUUUACGUUUUUAUUUCAUUCUUCAUUCUCUCUUUUCCCUUGUACUCCAAAAACGAUGUGCGUCUCCCUGGAUGUUUUUGUCGGUGUACGCAGCGGGUCACACAGGAGCACUGGGGCGGCCAUUUUCUGAGACAGGAUCAUCUUGAACUCUAUGGUCUGUGCUCCUUGUGACCCCUGAGGGACCACCUAGCUUUCCCUCUUUCCUCUCUGUCACCUUUUUCAAAAGUAUAUAUCUUCCUCUUCCCUGUUCAGAACAUCUUCUGAAAUACUUCUAACCAAAAAUUAGAUUUAACUUUUUUGACGUUUUUUUCUUCUAACAAAAAUGAUUUACUACUAAAGUUCACAAUCUACAUCAUCACUAAAAGGGGAGGUUUGCGUGUUUCCCUGUCUAUAGUUUGAAUUUAUUUUGUGUCAGGCUCUGUUGGACAGGCCUCAGCACAAAUCAUAUCAAAGUUAUAUUUUAGAGGCGCUUAGUUUGUUUUCUUUUGUUUUAGUGUGUGUGAGUGGACAUUUUCAGAACUUUGUACUUCUAACAUUAAUUUAAGCUUUAACUCCGAUAUACAGGACCAGUCAAAAGUUUGGACACACCUACUCAGUCAAGGGUUUUUCUUUAUUUCUACUAUUUUCUACA